AUGGCUGGUAUGAAGCGUCCGGCUUCCCUGUUGCCAGCUUUCGAGCCAUUGAGCUCGUCUCCCUCCCUGCCACGACCCCAGAAGCGUGUAGCUCGUGAGAACCAUGGUGUUGUGUCCAAGUAUCCUACUCCUCUGCCAACAUCGUCCACCCAUAUCCUGUCAUCGUCGCCCCCUCGAACGACCGUGCCUCGUCCUGCCUACCGACGCACCUUUUCCUCAUUGACAUCCUCUGAACGAACCCCUCUGUCCACCGUCCCGACCCUGAUGCUGCCGGAGAAUGGCGAGCCUAUUCUAAUGGGCCGCUCGAGUGCCUCCUGCCAUCACCAGCUAGCUGCUAAUCGGAUGAUCUCGCGAGUUCACGUCAAAGCUACCUAUAAACCGGCUCCUAGUCCCUUCGACCACGACCGUGUUGAGAUUAUGUGUGUUGGGUGGAAUGGGAUCAAGUUGCACUGCCAGGGGAAAACAUAUGACUUGGCCAAGGGGAAAACGUUCACGUCGGAUAUUAAGGACGCGGAUAUCAUGAUUGAUGUUCAUGAAGCUCGCGCUCUAGUCCAAUGGCCGCGUGAAGGGAAAAAGGACAACUACGCGUCGACAGACUCGGAGCAGACGGUCGAAGAGACCACACCAAGACGGAAUGGGAAACCACGUCGGAGUCUACAUGAGAGUCCGUUGGCCGAGCGUCAACGUCUGGUCUCGCCUAUUUCUCCUUCCCCUGCUGUGCAGUCCUUGGUGCCUCCGUCGUCGCCUCUGUACACGCCUACCCGAUCCCGGAAUGCUGUGGUCGUGUACGAAGACGAAGCGUCUCCUGUCCGCCGCACCAGUGCUGAGGAAGACCCUGACGCGACCCAACGCGUUCAGGAGUCUUCUCAACGCGUGGAGGACAUCCUCCACAGCUCGUCUAGCGACCUCAGUGACUUGAGUAAACAUGACGAGUUGUCUGAUCACGAUGAGGAGAACGACCCUAUUGUUCACUCCUUUGGACCCUUUGGGGAGAACAUCCUGCCCCGCAUGGCCUCGUUUUCGGCAGCCGAAUCACCAAUCCGCUCUGUGCGUCCUCAGCCUCUCCAACCUACCCAGUCAGAACGACAGCCCAAGGUUGCGGCUGAGAGAGAGCAGAGAGAAGCUGAGGAAAAGCUCGACCUGAAUGACGAAUGCUAUGCACGCAUUCAAAACCACGCCUCCAACCAGCUAGCUUUCUCCCGUCUAUCCUCUACACCAUUCUCGACUAUUGUCAAUAACCUUCCUGCUUCUCACUGGAAGCGCGAGGAUACUUCCAAGCCCGGCCCGACCCGUGAUGACAUCCGCAGAGUGAUCGAUUCGACCAGAUGUAUUGGCAAGGUCGCCCGCGAAGGAAAGGACGCUGCAGGCAAGCCUCUCGAAAGUGAAUAUUAUUACAUCCCCGACUUUGAUGAUGAUGAGAUGCGUCGUGAGGCCGUGGUGCAUGAUCUUCGCAAACCUGGUCUCCGUAACUGUCGGAAGCAGCACAAGCAAUACUUUUGGCGCAAACCCAAAUAA